AUGGAGUCCAAAACAACACUGUACCCCAUUGACGUUCAUUAUCCAGAUGUGGAGAAAGUUGAGUGGCUAAAUAAGACAGUGAAACAGAUGUGGCCUUAUGUGUGUCAGUUUGUGGAGAAGCUGUUUAAAGAAACAAUCGAGCCAGCAAUCAAAGAAACCAAUGCCCACCUCAGUACGUUCGGCUUCAUCAAGAUUGAUCUUGGAGAUCAGCCUCUCAGGAUCAAUGGGGUCAAAGUUUACUCUGAGAACGUGGACAAACGGCAGAUCAUCAUGGACCUUCAGAUCAGCUUUGUUGGAAAUACUGAAAUCGAUGUGGAUGUCAAAAGGUACUACUGUAGAGCAGGGAUCAAAAGUAUACAGCUACAUGGAGUUCUGCGGGUGAUUCUUGAGCCACUUUUGGGGAGUAUGCCACUGGUUGGUGCUCUUUCCGUCUUCUUCCUCAAGAAGCCACUUUUGGACAUAAACUGGACAGGCCUCACAAAUAUAUUGGACAUUCCAGGGCUUAAUGGCUUUUCAGACCACAUGAUCCAGGAUAUUAUCAGCACUUACAUGGUGUUGCCUAACAGGAUCACUGUACCACUAAUAGAUGAGGUUGAACUGGCACAGCUCCGUUUCCCCAUGCCAAAGGGAGUUCUAAGGAUACAUUUUCUUGAAGCUCAGAAUCUGGAAGUUAAGGACACAUAUCUGGGCGGGCUGAUCAAAGGCAAGUCUGACCCCUAUGGCAUGCUGCUGGUCAGCAACCAGCUCUUUAGAAGCAAGACCAUCAAAGAAUGUCUGCACCCCAAAUGGAAUGAGGUGUAUGAGGCACUAGUAUAUGAACAUUCAGGACAACAUCUGGAAAUUGAGCUCUUUGAUGAAGACCCAGAUAAAGAUGACUUCUUGGGCAGUCUAAUAAUUGACUUGAGUGAGCUUCAUAAAGAACAGAAAGUUGAUGAGUGGUUUGACUUGGAAGAAGUUGCUACAGGCAAACUUCAUCUCAGAUUAGAAUGGCUGUCAUUGUACCCGAGUGCUGAGAAACUAGAUCAAGUAUUAAGGAGCAUAAGGGCCAAUGACAAUCUUUCCUCAACUCUGCUAGUUGUUUACCUGGACUCUGCCAGUAAUUUGCCGAAUGUCUUUGAGGGCAGCUUUGGCUGUGGAAACCUAAAGGAGAGGAGGGCCUCUGGCCUAGUCUUUUGUGAGAACCCCGACUCUCUCUGUAGAACGUUAUUUACCAAUCCUCUUGACUUUAACCCUGAUGGCCCCAAACCCCCUUAUAAAGGCCUGAAGUCUGGAAAGAAAGUGAGCAUAGACCCAAAUCCUUUUGUCAAACUGACUGUAGGACAAAAGAUGUACACAAGCAAGGUAAGAUAUAAAACUAGUGAGCCGCUGUGGGAAGAGGCUUUUCCCUUCCUUAUCAACAAUCCCCACACUCAGGAACUGGAAAUUGAGUCGCUGCCCUCUGCCACACUGGAACUGCAGCAGAGGUUACAGCAGCUACAGAACGGCUCUGGGCUGAGCCAGUAUCCGCUCGGUGAAGUCCAGCUCACUAUCCGACACAGCUCACAAAGGAAUAAACUUAUUGUAGUGGUUCAUGCCUGCAGAAACCUCAUAGCACUGACUAAAGAUGGCUUAGACCCAUUCAUCCGCCUGUACCUGUUACCAGACAAGAGUCGCAGUGGCCGCAGAAAAACCAGCACACUCAAGAAGACACUCAAUCCUAUCUAUGACCAGUCCUUUGAGUUCAGUGUGUCAAUAGUGGAACUGCACAGGAGAACUUUGGAUGUCGCUGUCAAGAAUGGAGGAGGACUGUUGUCCAAACACAAAGUACUACUGGGCAAGGCCGUUGUGGACUUGGCAAGUGAAGACGUUUCUAAAGGAUGGACUCGAUGGUAUCAUCUGACCGAGGAUGGAUCGAAGAAGAUCAUUCAGACGUAGUGGUCCAUGCUAGAAAGCAGAAACGAAUGGAACAGCAGAUUACUGGGACAUGUCACGGCACGCACAGGAUAGAAACUUGAGAAGCAGAAGAGCAGCGCUGGACUAACUAAACCAGGCUACUUCUACUGGGAUUUACACUGGCCUAUAAAGUGUCUCUCUCAUUCUCACCGAAGCUAAAAUUACAACCUUAAGCAUCAAUGGCCCGCUUACUCUCUCUUUCUCAAAGGAUUCAAUCUGAUUGUCUUUUUUGUUUUGUCUGCUUAUGUUUGUUUUAUUCAUCUUAUUGGUGUUUGGAUAAAUUAUAUCACUUUUUUACCCAAUAAAAAUAAUUACCUAUGAAGUUAAGAAACAAUGACAGAAAAAAAAGAUCAUUUAGAUCAUUAGAUUUAUUAAUACAUGUGCCUUUAUUUAUUGUAUUUAAGUUAUUUUGAUAAUAUUUUGAAACUUUUUGAUUUCUGGGUUUAAUACUAUGUUUUGUAAGCAAUCAAAAUCACAUCUGAAAAUGUUUUUAUGUUGCUGGAAAGUCAGACAUUAUUGUUGCAUUGGUGUUUGUUUGAGGCAGUAUAUUACACAAAACACAUGGCCAAAGGCAAAGGCCACACGUAUUCGUUUGUAUGUAUAUAUGUAUGUAUGAACAUUUUUUUUUCUUUCUUAGUUUUAUGCUUGUUCUAUCUCAAACAGCUAUGGAAAUUCUAAGUUAUGUUCAGCUCUUCAUAGAUGAUCCACUGAUCAUUUAUUUUAAAAGUAUUUUACUGUGUCCCGUUGCACAACACAAAAUGAAAAGCCUGUACAGAAAUGUUUGAUACCCGUUUUGUCUGCAACAGUUUUAUGAAGAAAAGCAAAAUGUGUAUUUAGUAUGUGACAUUUGUAAAAUUAUAAUAGCUUGGUUACAAAGUGUUUUGCUUAUGGAUUGUUUAAAGACUGUGAAAUGGCUGUUGAUAUGAUUUCCAGCCUUAUUCUUCUCUAUGCAUAAUGCAUGAUAUCAUUAAAAUAUGCAAUUUAACUUGAAUCAUGCUAAACUUGUAACUUGGACCCCUUUUAGAGUUAAAGAGCCUGAAUGCAUUUUUAUCUUAAUUGUCUAUUCAUACUUUUUUGUUUUUCAUGGUAUAUUUUAACAAGGAAGGUGUUGAAGCAACCUAAUAAAAUAUAAUGCUCAAUA